UGGGUCUUUACGUCAGGGAGAAGAAAGUCCGUCCUUCAAUGUGUUGUCCCCCACGAUGACUGCCAUGCCCUUCUUUGACAUCAUAACAUUUCUCAAGAUGUGACAGACUUGGGGACACACACACACUCACACACACACACACACACACACACACACACACACACACACACACACACACUGCCCUCUCUAAGGGUUUGAAGAAGAGUGACGCUGCCUUGCUGUAGGCACAGGAAGAUGCACAGCACGAGGAGGGGCCACCAGGGUCAAGGCCAUGCUGGAGCAGGCGUGCCACUUCCGCCUCCUGUCGGAAAAGAUUGAUCUUCUGUGGUGUCUAUUAAAUGGUCCAGCCUUCCAUACAUUGCAGAGCGUUAAAUCGGUUAGUUAAAGCUUAGGCGGAUAUGUGACAUGUGUGAAACGAAGUAGCUCGUUUGAUAAGAAACUGCCCGUUUAAAAGGAUGCAGUAUCUGACUCAAGCAAUCACCAUAUUCCUCUGAAGCACACAAAAGCAGUUUUGUAAGAUGUACUACUUCUCGUGAAUUUACUUUUGACCACUACAUACUUGCUAUUUAAAGACUUGAACAACCAUACGACCUAAACAAGAUAACUGGUCUUCACACGCACUUGAGCUCGCUGUUUCUACUGGGCAGGGAGAGGCGGGAGCAUAGUCACUUGGUACUGGAGCGGAAGGUAAUCAGGUCGCAUUGGCCUCAGGUCAGAUGAUCCUCAAGACAGAUCGGCCUGAGUGUAAAUAAGCCUCAGGACGUUUGGUUCUCGAAACACUUGGUACUCAAACCACUUGGUCUCUAAAAUGUCUCAGAGUGAUUGGUAAUUAGGGAAAAGUGUACCAAGUGGGAGUCAAACGGUUAAACAUCAAUUAUACAGCUUUGUGACUCGUCUCUGAUCGCCGCCACACACACACACACACACAGACACACUCAGGCAGGUGAAGCGGGUGGAAGUGCAUUGUUAUUACCUCCAUGCGCCACGGUAUCCAUAGCGCCCCUCCAAGCCUUGCCCCUCCAAGCCUUGCCCCUAGACUCGGGUGUGUAGGAGGAAGAGGAGGAGGAGGGGCAAGGAGGAGUAUGGGUACCAUUCGCCCCAGUACCAAGUGACUGCAAACCAAGAGAGGUGAGCCUGGCAGUAGUGGUUGUCAUAGCUAAACUUCUACUGUUUCUCCUCGCACUGUAAAUUUAGGGACACAUUUCUGGCAGGCGUCCACGGUGCCACCAAGGAAGCCAAGGGUGCUGCCUGGAUGGGUUCAUCACUUUGGCUGGCAUGCCUGUCACCUCUCCAAGGUUGCCACGAAAAGUAAAACGUGUUUUACGGAUCAUCGUUACAUUCCAGCGCCUCUUAAUUGCCUACGAAAUGUUUACUUAACCUCUACACGCCAAGAAAUGAGACUUCAGUUCAUAAUCGUGCAUGAGGAGAAUAAUAUUUUGAAAUCCGCGCCAUGACGUCACAGCAGAGACAUCCUGCGCGCGCAGGCCAGUGUGUGCGGCGGUAUGUUUGCUUUGUGUGUCGUGUCAAUGGUAUGUGAACUUCUGACGUUUUAUUAGUUAUUUUCCCAACCAUGGUGCGUGACAUGGUGGCGGGAGGUGUAAUGGUGCACGGCGCGAUGGUGAGACAUGGUGGUAAUGGUGCAGAGCGAUGAAAUGCUGGCGGUGGCAGGGAGGCGUAGGCGUGGCGGCAGGACGGUGUAGUGAUGAUGACUUCCUUGGCAAGUACAGUACGAACCACUUUUGCCCGGCUAUCAGCGACGACCUCUGCGUGCCUCGGCCGCGGACAGCCCCGUGAUGGUCAGCCCUCCAAGUGUGCUCAUCUUAGCAAGGCCUUCCUCUCCCAGACGACCAAAACGCAGAGGGAGGUGUUCCACGCGCCCUUCUUCACCACCCGGUUCUGUACGGCCUGGACGGGGCUCUUCUGCCCGCUCUGCCUCGCCUGCCUCUCCUGCUUCCGGAGGGACAAGGACUCACUCAAGGUCUCCCUCAAAACCAUCGCACAGAACUUCAGGGACCGCGGCGUCACUUUCAGCUACAUGCACGUCUACUCGCUUUGGAUCUUCGACUGCACUGACGUCAUGGCUCUCUACUCUGCCCACGUCUCCUUCGUGUUCCUCCUCUCGUGGGUGAUCCUGCAUGACCAGUUUGUCGGCGUCAGGGUGAGUAGACUGACUGGGCGGGAGGGUGUUGAUGGGCGUCUGUGGUAUGUGAUGUGGUCUGUGCUGCUGCUGUGUUGUGUAUGGAAACUGUUGGUCUUGGUCUUCUCCGUGAGCUGGAGUGACUGUUGUUGGUGUAUUAUGUCUUGAUCACUGCUGUUGCUCUUUUCUUUAUGUAUGUGUUUCUUUUUUUUUUUAUUUUAGAUGUUGGGUGCUUCUUUUUAG